AGAGAUAGGCCUUACUACGAGGUCCGAACCGGGGUGGCCAAACGCAACGUGUUGCGCAUUGAUCGCCGAUGAAGUUCUGAGGGGGGAAUGUUGGCUCGGCAGCCGGCAAAAUUACCGCUGUCUCCGAUGGAGGGGCCAAGCUCGCCGAACCUGACUGACGUUUACGGAUGUGCUUCGAGCACGGAAGCGCGUGACGACAGCGGCGUGUCAACGAUGGGCUCGGUGUCCGGCAAGGACUUCGAGCAGAUGUCUUCGCCGAACACCGUGCGCACGCUGGCCGACAUCCUGCUUUCCGAGCACAACAAUAACUAUACGUGUAGUAUGGAUGUGGUCAAGCUGCUGCGGCUGCGUUCUGUCGACGACGAACAGAAUCAACAGUCGAACUCAUCCAGUCUUGAAUCGCUUUCUUCACUUGAAAAUAAUCAGGGCAGCCAAGGACCUGAUGUUGACGGUGGUUCUGGCACCACAUCAUGCUCAGAGGACUCGUUUGAGAUGUCAAGUACGUGCAGUGUCCGUGACACGGAUGUCUCACCGGAAGAGUUAUCCCCUCGAAAAGAGAUUGUUACCGCUGCUCAAGUGCAGCCGCAACUUCAGCUGACUACAGAACGCCUCAAUCGAGAAUCACGGGAAACUACAUGUGAAUCAUUCACCUCAGGAGGAAGCGAGAACAACUCUUAUGGCUCAGCAAAGACUCUCAAUGAUGAUGAUAGUUCGAACAGGCUUUCAAACUUUUUGCUAUUUCGACAACCGCCAACGUCGAUAUCAAUGGAUUCGUUCAUGCUCAAACCUAACUCCAAUAUGUCGGCUAUACGUGAAAGCAUAAAUCUGGAGUUGAAGAAUCUCGAUACUGGUCUGCCAGAGUUGGAUUUCGCUAAAUUAGAGGAGCAGCUCAAGAAUGCCGCGAGAGAGCGAGAAGAGCACGAUCGGCGUCUUUUGGGUGAAGAGGUAAGACGCCGACUAGCCUUACAAGCCGACUCAUGGAAGGGAGCUAGCCCCGCGGUGAGCACGCGCCCUCACCGUUCCAACCUGGCUUUACGACUACAAACGGCUAUGAACUUACAGGUAUGCUACAUGAACGAGUUAUCCGAGAGUGCAUCCGAAAGUGAGGUGUCGGAGUCUGAGGACGAGUUUAUCGUGCCAAAGUCACGCUCUACACCCAAUCUCAAAGGAACGAGUCGGCCAGGAUCAUCGAGAGAAGAUCCCUAUCUCCAAAAGUUACGAGAUCGAGCAGUCCGAGAACAGCAUUUGGAUCCAUGUGAACGACAAACUCUGCUUCACGCCGAAACUAAAACAGUGUUGGAAAAUGCCAAGAAAGCCGCUCAAACUGCAUUAGAUCAUUACAGAAGGAGUAAGUCGAGAGCCAGUGGUGUUCCUCGGCAAGCUCGACAAUACCUUCGGAAAAUGUCGAUGAACGAGGUUAUACGAAUCAAAGAGGUGAUGGAGGAGGCCAUAGACAAGAAGAAUCUUGAGCUGGUUCAACUGUUGAUUGAGCGCGAUGGACUGCAUAUGGAGCAUGAUUCGCUGCUCGUAGACAUCGAUGAUUUCACCGAGCAUGAAGCUGAGUGUGCUGCCCUGGAUUUUCCACAUCUUCUCGGCAUGAUGGAUGGACGCAUAACAGCAGCUACGAGAAGCUCACCUUGUACGACUCGUCCACAGGGUGACGUCUCGUCCAUCGGCGCUCCCACACCAGCUCCGACCCCCACGAGCCCAACCAAAGCGUUUGUUGCCCAACUACCGAAGUCUCUCUCACGAUUCGUGCUCUUCCGACGUUGAACAAAAUGUGUGUAAUUUCGUUGAACAAAUAGCUAUUUAUCUUGAAAUGUUUGAUUUGUUACUUUUUUGAACAUAUAUUAGAAAAUAUGUGAGUGUUGCCGUACAGUAUCGAAGCAAUAAAUUCUAUAUUUAG